AAUCAACCGUGUGUGUUUAAAAAGCUUCCAACUGCCUGGAAUGUAUAUUCCUAAUCAUAAGUCACGUGUCUAAUCAAAAGUUUUAACGUGCCUAAAAUAUUUUCCUUUCUUUUCAAAACAAAAACACCUGUUUUCAUUAAAAACAAAUUUAACUUCUCAAGUACUGGAUACAAACUUCUUGGUCCAUUGUGCACUUCAGUUUUGAAAGCUGACUUUUCCAAGUUUUUAUUUCUUUUUCGGGUCUGUCCCUUCCCGGCUGAGAUAUGACUUAAUGCAAAAAACGUGUUUGAUCUAGAAGACUAUUUAAAACCAGACAAAUUUUUGAUUAGUGAAAAGUUCUUGAUUGAUUCUUGAUUGAUCGACAAAUAAUAUUCAAUUGCUGAAGAAGAGGGCUACAGGAUUUCCCGAAUUGGGAAUAGUGCAGACGUCUGAGUCUAGACAAUUGAUGAUAAACUACAAGGGAAUGAAGGGAAGAAUUUACGAAAAUAGGACGGGCCUGUGUCUCCUGGCACUUUUGGUGUCCUUUUUUCUUGACAGUCAACUAGUCAUUGCAGAACCGGAACCAGCUGUACCUGGCAUGAUUUACACAGACAGUUUCAUUGAAGAUCCAGAAGAAAUGAUUCUUCUCAAUAGAUUGAGGAGUAUAGUGAGGCGUAAACAGGAAACAAUAGAGCAGGAAAGAGAACUGACGGAAGAGCAAAUCGCCAUUCAGGCGAUACUCGAUGCAAAAGCUCAAAGCCAAAGAGGCCCACAUACGUUACCGGAAGACUUUUCCAUUGAGGACUCUGAGACACUUCCUGUUCCAAGUGCCAUAUUUAACCACGGACCUCAACACACAGGAAAACGAACCAGCUAUAUGACGCUCUGUCACUUCAAGAUCUGCAAUAUGGGUCGGAAACGACAACCAUAAAAAAUAGCUGCGUUGAAAUCUCAGAGACGGAGAUGAUUUCUGCCCAAUGUAUUCAUUUUCGACUUACGAGAGUCACUUCAAGCGAAGUUCAAGAUCACAAAGAAAGCACGUGAAUCAAUUUUUAAGAAAUUUCAAUAAAGAACCAAAUUUACAAAGCCGAAUAAACCAAACAUGCAGAAGACAAAUCACAAGAAUUUAGUUGUGACUCCAAACGCCAGUCUCCGAAUUUUGCAAAAAUUUUCUUCACUAAUUACAACCUAAUUGAGUUCACUUCAUUUAGUUAUGUUUUUCAAAAACUCCAAUGUCUUAAAUUGACGCCCGUUUUAUGGAAUACUGGGAAUAUUCAAAAAUUCAACUUGCAUCUAAAAUCAAAGAGAAAUCAAUUUGUGGACUUGAGAUUAGUUCGAGUUAUUUAGAACAAACGGAACUAAAGACCCUGGGAAAAAUCGAUUAAAAAAGGCUUUUUUAAAUUAAAAAUUGUUUUUGAUUAACUAUUUCUUCUGAUAAUAGUUAAUCUCAUAUGGUCUUCAUCUUCUGGUUCUGAUAUAAACAUGAAUUAAAUAUCAAUUUUCGAAAGUCAACUCGAAAUCUUAUUUAACCAUUUAUGUUAUUUUUUGUUUUGUUUAACAACGUGUGGAUGUCCAAUAAAAUUGAUCUAAUUUAUGGAAUUUGGAAGAGUUUAAAAUAGAGUGUAAAAUGUCAAGAGGAAACGAAAAAGUGAAUCUUGACAAUACUGAAUUUAGUAUUUUACAGUAUACCGAAAAAGUGAGGAGCUUGAUCUCCAGAUUUUUCGAAACUGGGCAGUGUUCGAAAACUCGAGAUUGAUAGCUUAUCUCUCGAAUUUCUAUUUAUUCUCUACAGUAGUUUCAGAGGGUGCAAUGGCAGGGUCCAAGAAUCACAGAUAUCACUAUUAGUAGAUUAUACUAAAGAGCUAUCAGUUUUUGGGACAAGGUAUUUAAAAUAAACAUUAUCACGUGGGACGCAAGGUUCAAGUAACCUUGAGACUAUGGACGAGGCACAAAUGUGCGGACAUGAUGUUUUAGAAAAGUCUAAAUACAUGCGAAAAACUAGACUGAAUAAACGAGAGUGUGGGAGAAUUUUGUGAGUGAAUGAGAGAAAAAAUGAUGUACCAGAAGUUCUGAACGUUCAAAUGAGCGAAAUAUUUUUUGAGAUUUCUAUAUUACCCAUCAAUAUUGUUCCAACUGCAAUUUAAAUUAUGCAGUAUAAUUCUUUUCCAAUAAUAAAUUAGUUUCAAUAUAAAUGAACAAACAUUUUAACGCUUUUCCUGGUUUGCAAAGUCAUCAGCACAAAAUUUCGUUCAUUUGAACGUUCAGAACUUUAACCACAUACAAAAUGACGAGUUUGAUUGCCAGCAUCCUUCGCUAUAUUGUUUAAUCUAUUAAGUCGCUAUAGUGUGAUUCCGUCGCCCUUUUAUUACAAAUUUCUAUUUAUUUAAUUUCGAAUAUACUUUCAACUCUGCGAUUUCCCCUUCCACCCUUCCCAUUCUCACGAAUUUUUUUUAUAAAUUUUCAAUUU